AUGGAAACUAGGCUAGUCAAUGAGAACCCAAUUGUUUACCCGAAGAGAGAGCGGCGUGUUCGUACUGAUCAGAUCAAUGACGAUACCAAUGAGUUUUCUGUUGAACCAAUUGACCGCCUCGAGAUUUUUGAUCGUAUAAGAGAUAUCAAAGAUCCAGAGCAUCGUGACCUUUCUUUAGAAGACCUCAACAUAGUUACAGAAGAAUCUGUUGAAGUUGAUGCUGACAAGAGUUACGUUAGAAUUACAAUCACUCCAACUCUUCCACAUUGUCACUUGCCACAAGUUAUUGGUCUUUGCAUCUACGCAGCACUUUUACAAAGCCUACCUGCUAGAUUCAAGGUCGAUGUGAGAAUAGCACCAGGGAGUCAUGCAAAUGAGGCUUCAGUUAAUAAACAACUAGGGGACAAAGAACGUGUGGCGGCAGGAUUAGAGAAUCCCAGCUUUGUGGCUCAAUUCGGUUCAGUGCAUGCAAGUGUGUGAUUUUCAUCCAUGACAUAUAUCUUCUAGGAUGAUUUUUACCUUUGUCGUUCGUCUUUCUAGUUUCUUGUGCUCUAUCUCUUAUAUGACAUUCGAU